CACCAGCUAGCUCUUUGUUCGUUCGUUCCAUCGUCUCCCCGACUCGGCGCCCCUUUUCUCUCUCUCUCUCUCUCUCUCGCCACCUCCUCUCCGCGUCUCUAUCUCCGCCCACGCCCAGCGGCCAGCGGCGCGCGCGCGCGCGGCCAUAUAUCAGACAUUCCCAUCACGAAUCCCCUCCUCGCCCAGGCUUCGCCGAAAUCCCACGCUAACUCCCCGCCGCACCAGAUUCUUCGUCGCGCCGCACCGGACGGACCCCGGCCCUCGCGCGUGCUAGCUAGCUAGCUGCGGCGCGCAAGUGCACCUCCCCGGCCACGUCGCGAGGUACACCGGACGGAUAAUUGCAAGCUCGAUUAUCGAUCGGCAGAGAAGCUAGGAGGCCGGGCGGGCGAUCGGGAGAGAUGAUGUUCGAGGGGAUGGAGCGGGCGGGGUACGGCGUGGGCGCCGGCGGGGUGGUGCUGUCGCGGGACCCCAAGCCGCGACUGCGGUGGACGCCCGACCUGCACGAGCGCUUCGUCGAAGCCGUCACCAAGCUCGGCGGGCCCGACAAGGCGACGCCCAAGUCGGUGCUGAGACUGAUGGGCAUGAAAGGGCUCACCUUGUACCACCUAAAGAGUCAUCUUCAGAAAUACAGGAUGGGAAAGCAGAGCAAGAAAGAUACAGGCUUCGAAACCAGCAGAGCAGCAUUUGCUACACAUGGCAUCAGUUUUUCCUCUGCAACACCUCCGGUCGUUCCGUCUGCUGGAAACAAUAAUAUGGGAGAAACGCCACUCGCGGAUGCACUAAGGUAUCAAAUCGAAGUCCAAAGGAAGCUGCACGAACAGCUAGAGGUUCAGAAGAAACUGCAAAUGCGCAUUGAGGCGCAAGGUAAAUAUCUGCAAACAAUUCUAGAGAAGGCCCAGAAAAACCUCACUUACGACUCGAGCGCAGCUACAAACCUGGAAGCAACCAGAUCGCAGCUUACAGACUUCAACCUAGCUCUCUCAGGAUUCAUGGACGACGCGACGCAGGUGUGCGAGCAGAACAACGGAGAGCUAGCGAAAGUCAUAUCUGAAGACAACCUUAGAGCUGGCAAUCUAGGCUUUCAGCUGUACCAUGGAGUUCAGGACGCUGAGGAUGUGAAAUGCACCGCAGAUGAAGACCUGCUCCUAUUGGAUUUGAACAUCAAAGGAGGAUAUGAUCAUCGCCUAUCUUCGCACGGCAUGCGGCGGGGCGACGCGGAUCUGACGGUCGGCCAGCACAGAAGGUAAAUAUUUCCGGUAGAAAGGGCCACCAUAGAUUUAAAUUCGAGAGUUCCCUGUGCCGUAUGAGAGAUUCUUUUGGCAACCCUGAGGAUGCUUAUUUACAGUGUUCAUCUAGCGUAUGCUAAUGUAAAAUUUGUGGAGAGAUCGAGGCUAAAAAUAAUCGUAGUUAUAUAAGCGUGUGAGAGAUCUGGUUACACUGUAUACGUGGUACGAUCUAAUCGACUGAAACAUAGCGUUACAAAGUGUCGCGACAGCAAAGGCACGUUCAAGAUUCUCUGUCUCUCUUGCGGUAGUUGGGUUCAGUAACUUCUUGGUAGGUACUCCCUCCGUUCCAAUAUUCUUGUCGCGGCGGCACUUUUGUAGAAACCCCCCUCCGUUUUGUACAGCGUUGCUCCGCGCUCCUCUCCCUUAGGUAUUCCGCCCAGGCCCAGCUCCCCCGAUCUCCUCCCCUCUCCCCCUCGCUGCCGCUCUCCCUUUCCUCUCCGGCGCUCUCCUCUCCGGUCGCCUCCGCCGUGCUCUCCUCCACUUGUCCAUCUCUUCUCCACCGCGACCUCCCCCUCUCAUCUCCUCAGCGAUUUUUCCUCGUCGUCGUCGCGUGCGAAGAAGCUCGCUCGGACCAAGAACGAGUUGAAUCUCGCCGGAUCCGUUGGCUACGAGGCCGGAUCCGGUUGUCGUCGUCACGGUGCUCGAAGGGGAGGAGGCAGAGCCGUGGCCGCAGCCCGAGGAGGAGUAGGAGCCCGAAUCCGGUGGUGGCGAGCCCGGAUCCGCUGACGGCGGCUCGACGAGAGAAGGGGACGACGAGCAGCUCCUCAAGACGGCCACGAUGACGAGGAGCAGCUUCUCCACGCCACGGCAGGACGAGGAACAACGGCUCAAGGUGGACUGGAGUUAAGAUUUGGUAUGGGCAUGGAGGUUAGAAACAAGCGGAGGCCUGGAGGCUGGACACAAGCGGACUGGAGGAGAUGCCACAGUGCUGCUGUAGAGGAAGUUGGACGCAGGACUGAAGAGGGGAUGGAGCAGGCGACCUGCAGAGGGGAAGGAGGAGGCGACCUGGAGUGCGGAGGCGGAGAUUUGAAUUUCAAACUUUGUAUUAAUGGACCUGUAAUUAUUUUAAUUCGGAAGUUGUUUUUGUAAAAAUGUGUUUGUGAAGUGGCUACGACAAGAAUAUCGGAACAGAGGGGACAAGAAUAUCGGAA